AUGAGAGUUAAGCAAGAGUGCAAUUCAUCUGACGUGGGGGUCCCCUGCACAACAGAGGAUGAACUGCUUAAACGUUCAGCAAUAUCGCCGGAGGAUGUACUUGGGUUGCAGAAGAUCACAGAAAACUACCUGUGUGGCCCACUAGAAAAUGUGUACAACAUUGACUUCACCAGAUUCAAGAUCAGAGACAUGGAGACAGGCACUGUGCUUUUCGAAAUCACCAAGCCACCCCCCCUUGAGAGUGCAGUGAACAAAAGAGACCUGGAACCCAACGCAGGACGCUUUGUUCGCUACCAGUUCACUCCUGCUUUCUUGCAGCUACGCCGAGUUGGUGCCACAGUGGAGUUCACAGUGGGGGACAUUCCCAUCAACAACUUCCGUAUGAUUGAGAGGCACUACUUCCGUGGGCAGCUCCUGAAGAGCUUUGACUUUGAGUUUGGUUUCUGCAUCCCCAGCAGUAAGAACACCUGUGAACACAUUUAUGAGCUCCCCCCCCUCUCAGAGGAACUCAUGCGUGAAAUGAUCCUUCAUCCUUACGAGACCCAGUCUGACAGCUUCUACUUCGUGGACAACAAACUGGUGAUGCACAACAAAGCGGAUUACUCUUACAGCGGGGGCCCAUAG